AUGCCGUCUAUGUGGUUAUCAGAUUCCCAGAAAAUUGGGGUGGCCUUCUGUUCAGGUGGCGGGUUCUUCCUGAUCGGCGGUGUCAUGAUGUUUUUUGAUAGAGCUAUGCUCGCGAUGGGAAAUGUGCGUGCCUAG